AUGUCGCUGACGGAGGUGGUGGUUUCGUCAGAAGUGUGGCUGACAUGUGCCACGCACGCGCUCUCCACGGAAGCGGAGGAGAUCAUGGGUCUGCUACUCGGGGAUAUCCAUUACGACCACAGUGGACGAACCCCAGUGGUCUCCGCAAAGAUUUGGGGUGCUGCCCCGCAGGUUCGGGCAGACAGGAGAAAAGAUCGAGUCGAGACAACUCCGGAGCAGCUCGCAGCAGCUUCUGCCGAGGCUGAGAGGAUGUCAGCGGCCACUGGCAUGAGGACACGUGUCAUUGGGUGGUACCACUCGCACCCACACAUCACUGUUCACCCAUCCCAUGUCGACGUGCACACACAGGGCAUGUAUCAGAUGCUAGACGAGGGAUUCGUGGGACUCAUAUUCUCCGCCUUCAACCGAGCCUCCUCGCAUGCCCAGGCGGGUCAGCUGCAGGCGGUGGCGUUUCAGUCUGUCUCGGCACGCGACAAGGAGCAGCGGGAGCAGCGGUCUCGGCACACCCCGGCACGGCGGCAGUGGGCGCAGCUGGGCACCAAGCGAGAGCACUCGUCGCACCCCUCUGUUUCGGACCUCGAGCCGCAGGAGCUGGCAGUGGUGCUGGCUGCCGUGGAUGAUGACGUCCCAUCCUCCGACUUCACGGCAUGGGAGGUGCCAAUAAAGGUGGUUUCCUCAGCCCGCGCCUUCCCCUCCCUGCCCCGUGCACACGCGGUGGCGCCCCUGACCCAGCUGCAGCGGAUGCUGUUGUUGGAGGAGAAGGAGGCGUAUGAGAAGGCGGUGGAGCACGCAGGCAGGCACGGAGAGCCCAACCCUCUGGAGUUGAUACACCACCACGCCACCUACCAGGCAGCUUUAUGCCGCUUGAUGGAAACCUGUCUCGUCCCGGCAAUCGCUGCUCUGGAAGACAUAACUCGGAGCAACAAGGCAGCACUGCGGUUGAAGCAGGAGGAGCAGGCACGCGACGCACAGAGAGCAAGCCACGUUCAAGAGCAGUUUAUUGUGCACACUUCUGGUGUGGCACGCUCAACCGCAUCUGUAGCGACUGCACCAACUCCAGCGCAUCCUAAUCCUUCUGUAGCGCAAAAGCCAACUGAUGUGCGUAAGGCAGCUGUAGCACGCAACCCGGCUGUAGCGCAUGUUCCGGACAGUGUGCUGUCUCCAGUGCAUGUAGAGAUGCAGAAGCUGCAGCAGGCCGAGCAGCAGCGGCAGAUGGAGAAGCAGCAGCAGCAGGCCGAGAAGCAGAGGCAGCUAGAGAAGCAGCAGAGGCAGCAGCAACGAAGGCAGGCAGAGAAGCGACAGCAGCAGCCACAGCAGCUGCAGCUGCAGACUGGUCAGGAAGGGAGGGAGGGAGAGAGAGCAGGGGCGGGGAAGGGAGCAGUUGACUACAUGGCACAGUUGAGUGCUCUGCACGUCUCCUCCCCUCACUCUCCCAUCGCCUCCUCUCCACCUCCCAUGUCCUCUCCUCAACCUGCUCCUGUGGCACCUG